GACUUGAAACGACACCCUCCAAGUUCAGCGUCAGGAUUUUCAAGUCAACUCCACCGUGAAUAUCUAUCAACACAUGGGAGUAUUCGAUUUCAUUCUCUUAUUUGGUAGUCAAAGUGAUUGUUUGUGGUUGAUUGGUAAGUUUCUGCGAGCUUUGAAAAUAUUACAUCAUCUAAAAGCUGCUUAUGCUUUUCUGAACAGUCGUUGAUGCAUUCGUGGCUGUUUCAUAAAUGAAUGUUGAGAGACAAAAUCGGUGGUUGUGUUGUAUCUUGUAUUCGGCUGGCGCGAGAGAAGAUGGAGGAUAUUUAAUUUGAUUUUACCUUUUUUCGUGGAAUAAUGUGAGAAAUAUAUUUUUCCAAACUUUCCAGCUGCAUUGAGGAAAAGAAUGGCCGCCAGUUUGAGGGAAAAGCAAGUUGUGGCCAUCAAGAAGAUUUUAAAUCUGAAUGCACCUCUGGUGAAUUCCUCCACAACAGAGCCUGUCUGGAAAGUACUGGUCUAUGACAAAUAUGGUCAAGAUGUCAUCUCACCUGUUCUGGCUGUCAAGGAGCUUCGGGACCUGGGAGUCACACUGCACAUGCCUCUGCACGCCGUCCGUAACACCGUGCCGGACGCGCCGGCCAUCUACCUGUGUGUGCCCAGCGACGACAACCUGAGACGCAUCUGCCAGGACCUGGCCGACAAUGUGUACGACUCCUACUACUUCAACUUCCUGGCGCCGAUCUCGCGUCAGAAGCUGGAGCUGCUGGCCACCGCCGCUCUGCAGGCAAACUGCGCAGCCUCCAUAAAAAAGGUGUUCGACCAGUACGUCCACUUUAUCUCACUGGAGAAGGACAUGUUUGUGCUCAGACAUCAUGACAAUGAGACGACGUCGUACUACGCGCUAAAUCGAGGUGACGUGAAAGAUACCGAGAUGGACGUCAUGAUCAACAGCAUGGUGGACAGCUUGUUUGCUGUCUGCGUCACACUAGGCACGGUGCCAAUUAUCCGAUGUCCGCGCAACAACGCCGCCGAGAUGGUGGCCGAGCGGCUGGACCGCCGGCUGCGGGAGAACGUGCGUGACGCGCGCAGCUCGCUGUUCAGCGGCGAGACGCUGGCCGGCGGACAGUACGCCUUCCAGCGGCCGCUGCUAGUGGUGCUCGACCGAAACAUGGACCUGGCCACGCCACUGCACCACACAUGGACCUACCAGGCGCUGGCGCAUGACGUGCUCGACCUGCGGCUGAACCGUGUCACCGUCGAGGAGACGGUCGGCGAGGACGAGCGGCGACAGACCAAGACCAAGACGUUCGACCUGGCGCCCACCGACGAGUUCUGGCAACAGCACAAGGGCAGUCCGUUCCCGAUGGUGGCCGAGGCGGUGCAGGAGGAGCUCGACAAGUACCGCGCCUCCGAGGGCGAGGUCAAGCAGCUGAAGCACGCCAUGGGCCUGGACGGCGAGUCGGACGAGGCCAUCAGCCUGUUGUCCGAUAACACGGCCAAACUGACGUCGGCCGUCAGCUCGCUGCCCGAGCUGCUCGAGCGCAAACGGCUCAUCGACGCGCACACCACCAUCGCCACAGCUAUUCUGGAGCACAUCAAGCGGCGCAAGCUGGACGCCUACUUUGAGACGGAGGAGAAGCUGCUGUCGCGCGCGGCGCCGGAGCGGCCGCUGGUCGAGCUGCUCCGGGACCCGGAGAUGGGCUCGGCCGCCGACGCGCUGCGGCUCUUCCUGAUGCACUAUGUGAGCGCCGAGGAGGUGUCCAGCACUGAACUGGAGCAGUGUGUGCAGGCGCUGUCGGAGCGCGGCGCCGACCUCUCGGCCGUCCAGUUCGCCAAACGGUGGAGGAUGUAUAACCGGAUGCCGACCAGCGCCAACCAGUACCUGGGCGGUGGCACCAAGACCGUCAACAUGUUCAGCAAGCUCAUGUCGCAGGGUAGCCAGUUCGUCAUGGAGGGCGUCAAAAACCUGGUCGUCAAGAAACAUAACCUGCCGGUGACGCGGAUCGUGGACGCGCUGAUGGAGCAGAAGAGUCUGCCAGAAGUGGAGGAGUUCCGCUACCUGGACCCCAAGCUGCUGCGGCCGCCCGGCUCCGAGGCGCAGGGCGCGCGCUCGAGGAACACAUUCCAGGAGGCCGUGGUGUUUGUGGUCGGCGGAGGGAACUACAUCGAGUACCAGAACCUGGUGGACUACACCAAGAGCAAAACUGGCACGGCGACGAAGCGGGUCAUAUACGGCUGUUCGGACCUUCAGAAUGCCUCGCAGUUCCUCAAACAGCUCGGACAGCUGGGGACGGAAAUGCAGUGAUUGACCGUGAGUGGACCGCGACAUGUGCUGUGUACCAAUUAUCCCGGUCGGGGCGUGAGGUGACAGGGCUGGUGGUGCGGGGGCCCGCUCUCCAAAUAAAUAUAUUUAUUAGGAAAGGAAAAACCUUGUGCUAUUGGUAAAGCCUUAGGUGUAUUUGAUUUUAUUUGCCCCCGGCAAUUCCUGUGUAAAUCGCCCCAAUGGGUGGCCGAGUGUCCCUCCGCCAUUCUUUAUUUAAAAGCAUGGCUGGUUCAGCGUGCGAGCGGCGCGGCCCGUUCUGUGAUGCCCGGGCGGCCGCGCUGUGCCCGGCUAUGGUAUCGGUCUCCGGUGGUGCCUGGGAUCGCGGGCCGCCCGGCAGCAGCGGCUGAUGGGAGGACGGGAGAUCGUACCGUGCGGCUGAUGUGCGUCUCCCGCGCUACCCGAGGGAGACGGAGCAUUUGUUACGCUGAAUACAGAGACCGACUUGUUA